AUGGUGGAUGCCCUCUCAUUACUAGCUAGCACCAGAAAUGAGUGUGGUGUUAACACUGCAAAUGUCUUCCUGUUUGCAAGACCAAAAUCACUGAGCCACUACAGAGGACAGGAAUGUCUACGGGUCCAUGCAGAGCAGUGUGGAGCAAAGCACCCAAAACACUUGAGGUCAACGCAGCUCAGAAAGCAUGUUGCCACUCUCUCACAAGUUCUCAAUUUAAAAAACAACGAACUUGAUCAAGUUGCUGAUUUCCUGGGUCAUGACAUUCGUGUACAUCGAGACUUCUACAGAUUACCAGUUCCAACAACACAACUGGCUAAAAUCUCCAAGCUGCUCCUGACCAUGGAAAAAGGCCACCUGUCCAGCAUACAGGGGAAGUCUCUGGAUGAGAUAGAACUUGACGGUUUGUAAAAGAAAUACAACUUUUUUUUUGUUUGUUUUUGUGUGUUAUUCUUUCCUUUUUUUUUUGAAGGCAUCUUUACAUAUCAGAAGACGUGUUUGGAUAUAUUUAUCAAGAAAAAAAUAUAGAAUUGGACUCCUAAGAUGUCUUGGGAGACAUAUGUUUAGGCCCACUUAACACCAUUGAUUUUUCAAGCUUAAGAAGGGUUUUAAAUUGUGUGGUACUCAUGUGAGUUUUAUUGAUAUUACCAGAUGAAAUACAGUUAAGUGAUGGUGAGGCCAGGGAUAGUGGCAGUGAAAGCGACAACAGUGGCACAGAAGAAACAGGCUUGGAGUGUGGUACAGGCAAUCCCCGUGAUCCUGUUCCAGAGUCUACGGUGACAGAGCAGGUCCAUGACACUGGAGAUUUGGGUGGGUUUCUCCAUUUGAUUGCGUUUCAAAUUAUUCAAACCUCUAUUUCUGUAGAAAGAAAAACUCACUUUUGUUGAAUGAUGUUUCCAGCAGAAACAGGAUCAGUGUCUUCCACAGUAAAUGAGACUGCCCUUCCUUCUGAGGGUAAGCAAAGUCUUACUGUAAAAUGUUUUAUAACAGAAACAAGUAUUGAUCCAUGUUCUUCUUUACUUCAUUAUGUAAGAUAUAUCAUUUCAUAUCUUUUAGGAGACACUGCUGUUCAAGAGCGUGGUCCCAGAAGACUGACAAAGAAACCCUGGUCAAAGGCUGAGGUUGCAGCAGUAAUACGGCAUUUCCGAAAACACAUAAGUAAAGGGCAGUUGGCGACCAAAAACAAAUGCAGUCACUGUAAGGAGGUAGAGGACCCCGUGUUGGCAGGUAGAACAGUACAAAACAUUAGGGACUUUGUUAGAAACAGAGGGACAGCAUUAAAGAGGCAGUCACAGAAAGGCAGGCUGUAAAGGGUACAAAAACUGUGUUUUUGCUGUGUGUUCCUAGUGAUUAUGCAGUUGCAGAAGUUGCUAGAAAGGUAAUGUAUGGCAGUAUUUUUGUUUAAAAAUGGUUUGCAAAAGUGUAAAUAUGCAAAUGUGUGAACCUAUUAUUUAGUAUAUGUGUCUAUUUAAGUUGAUGAGUAUAGGUUGUUGUUUACACCAUACCUUCUCUCCAGUUGAGCUGUGUAAGACUAAUAAGUGUGUAUGAUGAUUGGAGAAAUAUGUCUGUUGAAGUAAUGCCCCCAGCCUGGUGCUCAUACCUAGGUGUUCUAUCUUGCUUUGUGCAGUGAAUCAGCUCCUGCUAAAGCUGGACAUGAUCAUGUCCAGAUCAUGCAUAUUUCAGAAAAAGAGAGAUACACUAUUUGGUAGGAGACUUUUUUAGGACACUGGUUGAAUAUGACUCAUAAAGUCAAGACAGUUCAGCAAAGCUGAACAGAUCAAAGUAAUGCACAGCUAGCCUGGGUUUAGAGCCAAUAGACCCCAUCCAUUUGCUUUUUGAUUUGUGUAAGCUUUGGUGGAUCGACACUUUUGGAUCAAUUUACACAUUUGCAAAUUGUUUGUUUAUAAUAAUAUUUCCUUGGUUUGCAAGGUUAUCAUGUUUUGGGACAGGUUGUUUGUCUGUAAGUGCUACAGUUUGUUUGAGCUUGGUUGAAAAUUUAAGCCAGUGUGGCAGUCUCCAAAAACUGUUGGUUCAACCCUGUCAAGGCUUUGGGUAUGUUGUCAGUGAACCAGUGGGUCACAUCACUGUUGCUGUUUGUUAUUCUGUCUGCUAAUGGUUAAGUUUGUAUUUUUUGUAGUGCUGAUGUUUUUAACAGCAAAGGUUCUCUCAUCUCAAGAUAUUUGCAAGUAAGAAUAGAUGAUGUUGCAUUAAAAAAACACCUGUUUUUUUGUUUAAUUUAGUGGGACUUCUUCGAUAGGCAGAAGGGUUGUUUGCCAAACUUAUAUAAGAUGAUGUUAUACUGAUAGACUGUAUACUGUAGUGGACAGAGCCAUACCAGUCCAGAGUUAAGCUGUUCAAGAGUUCAUUAUUCUGCCACGUUUAGUUGUCAGUACAUAUUUUAUGUUAAUAACUUGAAUGGCAAUUUCGUUGACCAGCCCAUAUAGCGUUUUUUGGCAGAUAAGUAGAGGAGGAAUGAAUAGAGAACACAAAAAACUAAUAGAUAAAGAGCCCUCUAACUUUACAUAGCUGUGAGUGUUUGCUAAAAACCAGCUAAGGAAUCUGUUCUGCUGUUGAUUGUUCCAACCUGAAGGAACUUUGGCAUGUUAUUGGAAGGUUAAAUGUGUGUUUUGGUAAACAGAGGUGGUGUCCUGGACUAUAGCUGCCCAUUUACUCUUGAUGCAAAUGUCCUCUAUGGCACAAACUCUUUAAAUAAUGCAGCUUCACCUAGGUAGAAAUAAAGGAGGCAGGAAUCCUCUGUCCAUUGAAUAAACAGUCUAUGGUUAUAUGGCUUUAAACUACUUUAGUUCAGUAAUAAAUUGCAUGUCCCAACAAUACUGUGUUCUGUCAUGUUUGUGUGUAUAUGCUAAUGAGGUGGGAUUUAAAGGUGAUGUCACUGUCCCUUUAAAGUCCGGAUAAUGUUUUUUGUGUCCCUAUACACCACAUAUUUGUCAAAAAUCCAUCUGUCCGCCUAAACCACCAUUUUGUUAGGGGGCUGUGUAUAAGGCCCCUGUAGCGAUUUGAAUUUAUAAUAAAUGUCUGAAGAUUAAUAAUCUCAAAUUAUGACAUUUAUGCACUCGUUGAAAGGGGCACCACCCACCCUUAAUGGUGGGAAAAUAAAGAACAACAAAAGUUUAAUUCAGAAAUCAAACAUUAAGUCAAUCUUAAAUUAAUCAAUCUCAUAUCUUAAGCCGAAAUUCUCAUUUCAGGGACUCCAUUUCUGGAAGAACACUAACAGACAAGAACUUAGAAAAAUAAUGAUCUGUUUAUUACAGGAUAAAUGAUGGUACAACAUACAUGCAAUAAAUGAUGAUAAGAUAAUGAGGAUAAAUAAUAAUAGGUGACUAAAUAAAGAUUCUGAGUCAGGCUAGGAGCACUAAAGUUAAUGAUAGUGAGUGAAUAUGUGCUAACAUAUUAACCUACACUAACUUUGGUGUCGAGAUAAACUCGGAUGUGGAUUUGGAGGAAUCUAAGAUUACCAGAAUAAGUGGAUAUCUGAGUUAUGAACGCAUGAGACAGCAUCAGCCCUGUUUGGAGCUCUGGAGGUUUGCAUACUUAAGUGAGACUGGUCCUUGAAGAAGAUGGAGCAGGUUCCGAAGGUCCGGGGCUACCGGUGGUUCAAGCGAUUCAGCUCAGAAGACGACUGAAGUCAGCUGAAGGAUGGGCCAGGAGUUGUAGCACUCGGGGCCUGAAGUAAAGCCGGCGUCUGUGGAUCCUGUGGAUGCUCGUUUGGAUGCUUCUUUGGUCUCACUCAAAAACUCUGGCACAGAAGAUGACCUGGCUCUGCUGGGUUGCGUUCAGAGAUGACUUUGAAAUCACGCAGAUAACUCAGAAAAACAAGGUUUCGAUGACCAGAGAAAACGUUCAAAAUUGGCUUCGCGAAUUUAAAGAAAAAUCAAUCAAAGGCUUAAUCUUGAAUUGCUAUGCGCACAAAAAGUUGAAGUUUCAAAACUUGAUCUAAGACGAUGUUAAAGAAGAAUCAAUGUGAAUCAACACGUGGCGUAAAACUUAGAAGACUAAGAAAAAGUAAGACUAAGUAGUAAGAGCUAAGAGAAAAUGAAGAGUGUAUAAGGGCAACAAGAGAGUAAGGGCACUAAGAGCGAAAGGGGAGAAGAGCGGAGAAGAAGAGAUUGAGCAACCCCACUUCACUGGUUUUAUCUUCUCACACUGGGAGUGUCUCCAGCAUGUGUAUGUGUGAGGAGAAAGAGGAGGGGUCGUGUGGUCUCCAAGCAGAGGAGACCUCGGAUCUCUGAUUAUUUGAUCUAACUUAUACUUUUGGCUGGUAAAAGAGUCAGAUCUGAUACUCACUCACUAUGAUUAAUAUCAUUGAAUGCUUGGUUUCAUGAUAAAUAAUUUGAUACUAAACACAUAUGAAUGAAGUGUAGGAUCACAUCAAACAUUCUCAUUAUGUUUUAAGUAUCACAUUGAACAUGCUAAAUUACUCUGAAAUGAAACUGAUAGUAACACAUGGAAACUGUGAACAACAAAAGAGUAAACAUAUAUGAAUGAACUUCAUCAUGGUUAAUAAUGGACUCUAAAUACUCACAUUCAGAUUAUUCAAUGAUAUUAUAACCACCUAAUGGUUAAAAUACUAAAUAAAUGAUUAAAAUAUAGACCAAACAUUUCUAAACCAUUUCUGUUACCUAGAGUAAAGUUAUGAUUCAUAGUCAAUAAAUUUAACUCUUAAAAGUUCAUGAAACAGUCUGAAAAGCUGUUGGUCUAAAGAACUUAAGAAUAAGGAUUUGUUCUGUCAGAGUGAUAACUUGGCUUUUGGAGCACAUAGAAAAAUGAGAAACAUCUCAUUUUAACACAAAUUUCAUGAUUAGACAGAUUAGUACAUUGCUGAAUGCAUAAGAUGUCAUGAUCAGUCAUUUGUAUUCUUUCACCAAAGGAACGCAGUUUUAUCAGUACAUGGUUGAGCAGGGUUUUAGACCGAGGUCUGGAGGUCAGUGUCCCCCCUUAUCCUGGGGUCCGUAUGUUCACACACUUUAAGACGUUAAAUCUCAAAUGGGAGAUCUGGGUUGAAGCGUUAAUGUUUAUUUAGAUGGUCAGCGAUGGAGUCAGUUUGAAAGGUAAUAAAAACUCUGUCUCUGUUCUCCGAAUUGACCAAUCGUGAAGAGUCAGAGGUUUGGUCAACCUCUGGUCGGGUCAGUUAAGUAACCUGAAAGUGCAAACAAGUCUGGAAAUAUUUAUAUCCUGUGUCCUGGGACCAGAUAAGGAAACUUUCCUGUGAGGAAUGUGUGAGUUUCACAUCCAGGGUUAUCUUGAUUGCUACACCCUGUAGGGUGUAUCUGAAAGCUAAAGUGACCCAAAUUUUUUUCAGAAUUUUUAGAGUAAUUUUAGCUUACUCCCAGAGCUCUCAGGCCAUGGGAAGGGGUAGUCCAUGUAAACCACCGCCGGGCUGGUUUGGCGAAAAAGUCCAGCUAAAUCAUAUAGGCCCGUAUGUGUGUGUGUGUGUGAGAGAGAGCGUGUGCGUGCAUGUGUGUGUGUGUGUGUGUGUGUGUGUGUGUGUGUGUGUGUGUGAGAGAGAGAGCGCGUGCGUGCGUGUGUACAUGUGUCUGUCAAAUAACAUCUCUAAUCAGAAUUUCUUUUCUCCAUAUCUAGAGCCUGUACGCUGACAGUGGAGAUUCCAUUGCAAGAGGUCCUUCUUCCCCACUCUUGUUUGAGGAUGAAUGUUCCACAGAGAGUGAACCUCACUUCAAUGAUGAACCUAAUGGCAGUGAAACAUCACCAAAUACCAGUAACUUUAUCCCUGAUAACUUGCAUGACAGUCUUGGAUCCAUUACUGGAAGUGAAGAAGAACACUCCCUUUUAUUUGAAGAUAGUCCUGAUGAGUCAGUAAAUUCUGAAACACAAUUUGGAGAAGUCAGUCAUGAUCGGUCUCCUCUGGAAAAUGAAGACGCCCUUUACACUGGUUCACGACUAACACAAUCUGAGAGUUUUUUACUUAUACUUUUCAUUUGUUUUGAGACAUGGACUAACAGGCUCUGUCUGAUCUCUUAGAUUUGAUCAAUAUCCACUGUCCAGAAAACACACAGUUAACCUCAAAGUAUUUGUUCUUAAAAGAGCUUAAGCCGGUAGAAGGUCACUUACAAUGUCACAUAUAUUGUCCAAACUGUGAGUACUACAUCGGUGACCAGGAUAGUGAAGGACAAUGUGUUGUAUGCAACACAACAUGGGAUAAAAAUGUCUCUCUAAAGAAUGGAAACUUCUUUAUAUAUUCACCAAUCCAAAAACAGUUGGAACAUCUUCUUCAAAGGGAGGAUAUUGCACAUUGUCUUAAGUCGAGAGAUGGCACAUGUAAUUCUGAAAUUUAUGAAGAUAUUGGAAGUGGUAAAAUGUACCGUAAUCUGAAAAAAAUUGGAGGUCCGCUUGACUGUACUCAUGGGUACUCCUUAACACUUAACUGUGAUGGAGUGCCUGUAUUCAAAUCAUCACUCUAUGGUAUUUGGCCAUUAUAUGGUAUUGUAAACGAGCUUCCUUACCCUGUCCGCAAAGAAAAUGUUCUACUUUUUGGCUUGUGGUUUGGUGAUAAAAAGCCAAAUGUUAAUUCAUUUUUAAAGCCAUUCACUUUAGAGUGUCAGAAGUUGUCAACUGUGGGCUUUAAGAUAAAAAGAAACAGCAUUUUGGAGCCAUGUAGAGUUGUGGCAGCUCUUAUGAUCUGUGAUUCGGUAGCUAGGCCCUUACUUCAAAACAUGACCCAGUUUAAUGGUCAGUAUGGAUGCAGCCUCUGUUUACAUCCCGGUGAACAAGUUGAAAAGGGUCACAGCACUGUCAGGGUAUAUCCAUACAAAGGUGUCCCAAAGAGGGACCACGCUUCAACCAUAAGUGAUGCAAGAGAGGCUUUACAUACCAAAAAAUCUGUGAGGGGUGUUAAAGGGCCCACAUGUCUGAUAAAAAUUCCACACUUUGACAUCAUAUCUGGCAUGCCUCCUGACCAUAUGCAUAAUAUACAUCUUGGUGUGGUUCACCAAAUGGCAAGCAUGUGGCUGGUCAGUGAUAACCAUGAGAAGCCAUACUACAUUGGGAAUAGAGUGAAUGAAUUGAUGAACAGCUCUUGCUUAUUAAGCCUCCUUGCAAUAUCACAAGAGUGCCCCGAUCUCUUCAGCAAAGGAAGUUUUGGAAGGCUAGUGAAUGGCAGAACUGGUUACUGUUUUAUAGUAUCUUUGUACUUAAAGGAAUUCUGCCCCAGGUAUUUUACCAGCACUGGUUAG